CAAACGAUGCAGACUCUCACUCGCCACACCAAGCAGCAUCCCAGCCGCUGUCGCUGCCGAGCGCAGGCCAGCCGUGCAUCCGCCCAUUGGCCUUCUUGGCGGCGAGUAGGAGAGCCAAGGAGACGGAGGCGCAGAGGAAAACUGCCCAUCUCCUCGCACGCAUCAGUUUCCCGGUGUUUCGUCUGCUCGUGUCGCCCCCGCCGCCCCUCCCGGUUCCACUCCUCCGCCCCUACAUCGUCUCCGACGCCGACCAUACACUCACUCUCCUGCGCCGCACCGUCCCCGUGCAGGCCAAGAUUGGACUACGCCACAAGAAUUGCUCUUUCCGUCCUCUCCUUCUUGGAAUCUCCGUUGUUCUCAGGAGAAGCAUUGAUCCUAGGACUAGUUCUUUUUUAUGUUAAGCUGGAAUGAAGGAUUCUCAGAUUUCGGUUACAGGAUAUUCAGAGCACGACAGAGUUGCAGUCAUCAGCACAAGGUACUAAUGAAGUGCAAAGUCAACAACCAAAUCCAAUGGCCACUGAUGCUCCUGCAGGAGAUCCUGGUUCUUUGUCAGUAGCUAGCAAUGACAAUAAAAAGGUCUCUCGCGAAGACAUUGAACUUGUCCAGAAUUUGAUAGAGCGCUGUCUACAGCUAUACAUGAACAAAGGAGAAGUUGUCAGGACUCUUUCUACUCGUGCAAGAAUAGAACCUGGCUUCACUACUUUAGUAUGGCAGAAACUUGAAGAAGAGAAUUCCGAGUUCUUUCGGGCUUACUAUAUAAGGUUGAAAUUGAAAAGGCAGAUUAUCUUGUUCAACCAUUUAUUACAACACCAGUAUAAUUUGAUGAAAUAUCCGGCACCUCCAAAUGCUCCAUUAGCUCCAAUGCAAAAUGGAAUUCAUCCUAUGGCAGUUACCAAUUUCCCAAUGGGGUAUCCAGUACUUCAACAGCCUAUCAUGCCUGCUCCGGGCCACCCUCACAUUGAUCCAAUGGCCUGUGGUCUGUCCAGUGGUCAUGUAGCGAAUGGGAUCCCUGCAUCAGGUGGCUAUCAUCCAAUUAGAAUGAACUCUGGAAAUGACAUGGUUGUGGACAAUGGUCCGCCUGAAGCACCUCAUGCUGGCGCUACCUGCAGUGCUAUGUCAUCAGAGAUGGCUGUGAGUCCCUCAUCAGCUGCGUCAAGCAACCAUGCUCCCUUUAUGCCAUCGGAGAUACCAGGGAUGACCAUGGAUGCAUCAGCCCUAGAUUCGACGUUUGGAUCUGAUGCAGGAAAUGCUGGACCUCUGCAGUUAGGACCAGAUGGCUCAUCAAGAGACUCCAUCAGAUCCUUAGGGCAGCUAUGGAAUUUCAGCCUUUCUGAUCUAACAGCAGAUUUGACAAGCUUGGGAGACUUGGAAGAUCUUGAGAACUACACAGGUACCCCUUUCCUGCCUUCAGAUUCGGACAUCUUACUUGAUUCGCCAGAUCAGGAUGAUAUAGUUGAGUAUUUUGCUGAUGCCAUCAACGAACCUUCUCAAUCAGAUGAAGAGAAAUCAUAGCUAACAUAGUGUAAUAGUCCCAUUGUGGUUCAGGCAGGGCUGUCAUCUCUCAUGCAGCGUAAAUUUGCUUCAAUGUUGGGGCAGAUCUAACUGCAUAUUCGCACGCAGGUGCGGUAAUUCCCGUAGUUGGCUUUUGCCACUAAAGAAAGAAUUUUGUAGUGGUCAAUCCUAAUUCUUUUGAAUAAACCGUUUAUGUAGCCUUCACCAGAUAAAAGUUGCGUGCUACGAAUGAUGAAAAGCUUACAGAUGGUGACUGUCAAACCUCAGGAACUCUUUGUAUUUGCUAAAGAAGUAAACAGUUCAUGUGGGCACGCUCCAUCUCGUGCCUCUUUGGUUGUCUUCCACAGGCAACGGUUCAGUACAGAAAUUAGCUUCUGGUGUGGACAGAUGUUUCAGCA